AUAGAUGUAUUGCAAAAAGAAUAUGUUUAGAGUUGUAGAUCUUGUCGUCUAUUCAUAAGUAAAUCGCCUGUAUUCUACAUUAAAAAGCCUUUUCGAAUGUCAUGCAAGGUGAUGCGUAUCAAUGUACGGUGUGUGUGUGGCAUCUAAAUGACAUCUGUUUAAGGAUUGAGACAUUGCACUAAUCUUGAAGCAGACAUACCCAAAAAUUUAUGUUUCUCGCUCCUUUUUUAUCAUCUCAACGUAGAAAGCUAGUCAGUUAGUUCAAUGGGACGACAUUAACAGAAAUAGCAAUAUCAAUAAAGAUACGUAAAACGAUCCUCAUUAGCAAAUUCGCCUCUUAAUUUAUGCAAACCUAGACAGAGUGAAGUUGUUCUUUUUCUUUUCAUUAUCUUCUGAAGCUCCUACUGUUGCCGUUGUCGUACAUUUUCGCACGACCGUCGUUUAUGUAAUUAGAGGUAACAAUAAAACAUCGCUCGAGUAUUAUGCGUGAACUGUAACAAACAGCCAUAAAUCGAUAUACUUUGAGACCUAACAACGUAAGCUUAAAUAUACUAAAACUGAAGGUGUUAUUUCAAAUCCUAUAAGAUAUUGCGAAAUAAAACGCUCUGGAUAUGAGACAGAAACAAGUCCGUUAUUGCGGACUUGUUUCUGAGUGCGACUGUCAGGCUGGCAAUAACCAUAUCAGCUGAUUUACUCCACCCUAUAACUGAACAUAUUGCUGUUACUGUUUCCCAGAAUACUAGAGCCAGCCAGCCACCCAGCCAGCCAGCCAGCCAGCCGGUCAGUUAGUCAUCUUUGCCUUCGAUGCUGAUAGCUCAAAAACGUUCUAGCUGCAUUCAAAUAUAGUGAAACGACGCUGUGGCACGGCGCGAUCAUUAUCUCUCGUGGGGUACUUUUGGUUCCGGAUGGACAGGAAAGUGUAAUGAUGCUAGCAGUUAGAUCUAGCCUCUGCUGAAGGUGUAUGGGAUUCCUUUCGGUGAAUUAGUGAAAUGGGUUUGUGGGUUACAACGCCGCAAUCUGGCGAGGAGGCGUUCACGUUGGCAAGAUGCAUCUAACGGCCGUUAUCGUUUCCAGUCCUUUUUCUCCUUUUGCUGCUGCCCUUCACCAAAGUCGCGUUUUCGUCCGGAUCCCGUUGCAGUGGAUCUGCCGCUUCUCGUUGCUGACACACGCUCCUUUCGGAACUGCCGCUAACAUCUGCUUUACUGCUGCGGGAUGUUAUAGCCGUGUAUGUCAAUUGGCAACAAAGCUUCAACUCAACUCGAAUAGAUCCUCGCCAAUCACCGGCAUAUUAACACGUGGCAAGUACGAGUGGCGGCCAAGCAGUACCCAAAUCAAUUCCGCCCCUUAUUGCGGCUCGCUGGCUCAUUCCGUUUAUCGUAUACAGAUUAUCAAAUUAAACAGAACUCUAUUUUUUCUGCCUUAUAGAUACAUUGUCCGAUUCGCUUCCACCUUUGCAGGGGGACAGGCCCUCAGCAAAUUCUCCGCAAACGUUACUAACAAGAAUCGCUCUUUUGGUAGUCGAAGAAGUGAUAGUGCUGGUGACAGUCCACAUGUAAGAGUGAGUAGUAACGUAAGAGUGCAUAGCCCAGUGGAGAGUGCAACUUCAAAGAGCUGUGCAAGCUCAGCCGAACAAAGCAGCGGCAGCAACGCCGGCAGUAUUAAUAAUAGUUCUGCAUAUCUGCAUUGCCUCGCUGACAACGUCAAACACGGAUCUGUGUUAUCCGUUGGUAAAAAUAGAGGUGGUGGUGCCGGCGCUGCUACAAGGUCUCCGUGCCGUGCUCUGGAGAGGAUUAGUGCAGUGACUCUGACGAAGUUAGCCCCCAGAGAUCGUCGCCUGUGUCUUUUCGCGCAGAAAAUCUCCAGUAACAGCAGCAGCAACCAAAUGGAGGAACAGCCAACAGUGAGUGAGUUUUUCCCGCAAGUGGAUGGUGAACACCGUCUCCAGGUGACGAGUGGUUCGCACCCCAUCGUUGACGCGGCAUUCGAGAAACUACUCGAUUCACUAACCACUCUUGACGACCCCCGGCUGAAAAACUUUGCCGACUGGCUUCGUCAAGUUAUCGAGUACAAUGUGCCUGAAGGGAAACGGAAUCGACUUGUGGCUGUGAUGUUAGCGUAUCAGUCACUAGAGAAGACUGAAAUGACAGAUGAUAAAUUGGAAAAAGCGGCUUUGCUUGGAUGGUGCGUUGAACUACUCCAGGCAUUUUUCCUUAUUUGUGAUGACAUUAUGGAUAAUAGUCUAACUCGACGUGGCAAGACAUGUUGGCAUCUAAUAGAGGGUGUCCAAAUGGUGGCAAUCAACGAUGCGAUUCUAUGCGAGACGGCUGUCUAUCGAGUAUUGAAGACUUUCUUUCGAAGCAGUCCGAACUACCUUGAUUUGCUAGAGCUUUUUCACGAAGCGUCCUUCCAGACCUCUUCAGGCCAAUGUCUCGACCUGUUAUCAGAACGGCAAGGAGGCGGUUACGUAGAGGAGCGUUAUAACGCCAUUGUCCUAUACAAAACAGCAUUCUAUUCAUUUUCGCUCCCCGUCAGGUUGGGUAUGUAUCUGGCCGGCAUCGCAGAUCAAAGUAGUCAUAAAAAGGCCGAAGCACUGGCACUGCGAAUCGGGCACAUUUUCCAAGUUCAGGAUGACUUCCUCGACUGCUACGGCAUUCCUGAAGUGAUUGGAAAGAUCGGUACGGACAUUGUCGACGCUAAAUGCUCGUGGCUGGUCGUAAAGGCACUUGAGAUAGCGACUCCUUCGCAGAAAAAGACUUUAUUGGAAAACUACGGUAAAGGUAAACCCGGGGGACCCGAGGAGGCCGUAGUUAAGAAGCUCUAUGACGAACUUCAAAUGGCCGAGGUGUUCCGCGAAGCAGAGGGGCGAGCUUUCGCGGACAUCAGAGAAGAAGUAGCCAAAAUUGAGUUGAGAUCAGAUAGCUUCGGACUUAAUACCGACAUCUUCAAGCUUCUUGUCAACAAGAUCUACAAAAGAAACAAGUAGAUUGAACGCAGCUUGUGCAAUUGAAUUGGUCGCUGCGUUUCAAGAUGUCAUCUUCUAUAUAUAACGAAUAUCUUUUCUCAAAAUUUGCGCAGAAGAGGAGGUCACCGAAAAAUAGAAUAUUGUUUCUUCUUAUUAUCGAAAGGACACGCAGCAAGGGUGGCAACCUUUCGUUAUAGACUAUUAAGUAACUUCGUACAGUAAAAUUCCACUAGCAGCCGCUAUAAACACAUCCCGUAAUAGAAAUUGCCGUAAUAGAGAAGAUCGUAACAAACUUCUUGAAACUAGUCUACUUAAUAUUUAACCGUUUCAGUAGAAAUCAGUGCAAACAAACAUAGUAGUGUAUCGAAGCUAUUCCGUUUACGAGUGCGUGUGGAUAGUAAAGCUGAUGACUAAUGUGUAGAUAUAAUAGUUUUAGAUUUAUCAAAAUAUGCCCGCACUAGAUGCCAUCAUGGUUUGAUUACGCGACAUGCGCAACGUAAAUCUAUUGACUUUUUAAAGUUAGCGCCAUGGGUUAUUACGAGACUUUAGGAAUUGUAAAUAGUUGUUAGUUAGGCUGUGUGACAGUUCUUUGUGUAACACUUUUAAAAAUUGUAAGCAAAUUUUACAGGACGACCUAUAAACAAACGAUUUUUACCUAUAUUUUAUUAACCGAUUGGGUACGCCGCGCCAGGAAUGACUCACAGAUGCUACAGAAGUAUCUUGCUUUGUUUAUCAAACGUUUUUUCGUAAAAUUCGUUAGCGCAUAGCUACAUGGUAAUCCAUUCUCGCCUUUAAACUGAUGAUAUGUUACAUGCAGUCAGUUUCCACCGUCAUAAAGAUCACAAUUGAUCACGUUGAGAGGAAAAGCAAAAUUAUAAGACCAAGUAGUGUGGAACUCGGGUAGCCCAGGCGCGGCAAUUUACAGCUGUUGUUCACACUUCGAUGACGUUACUGUAUUGGGUACCCAGCACAAUAGCGCUGUGUCCCCCACAAUCAGAAUGUCCAGCUAAUUGAAAAUCUGCUAAAGCAAAACAAGGUGUGCUAAUAUAUCGAAUUCGGAACAUCUGUUUUUGCUCUGUGGUAAGAAGGAUAACAGGCUUGUUAUAGGAGAAAUAUCAAAUAGCGCUUUACUUAUCAAUAGUAUCUACGUUGGUUUCAGUCAUUGUAUUUAUAAUGUUAUCGAACGUAUUCAAUAUAAAUCACGAUCAUAUACCCAGUUUUCUCGUUCCGCCGCAACGUGAUACUAACUGGGCUAGCGUUAGAGACCGCGUAGACCUAUGGUGCUCAGUGACCGUUUCGUCGUCGACCAGAACUGUUUCACCACGAAGAUUUACCGCGGCUCGAAUAUUUUGUUAUUGUACAACCGCGAGAGACUCAUGAAGAAUUACUCUACAUUGUGCUUAUUUAACGCGUAGAUCCUAGUUAGACUUGUAGCCUUCGGUCUAUGCAAGGCCAGGCCACGGUCUCCUUGUAGGUUUUGUUACACUACACUGUGCGGGUUGUGGGACUUUGGGCUCCGAAUAUUCAAAGCAAGAACGCGCUGUUCUUUGUUGAAUUUCUCACGAAGCAAGCGGUUAACGUGCAAACUCGUUUCCUCAUUGAACAGCAGACAUUUUGUCAUGAACCAACAAAGAAAAUACGCCAAUACUGCUACUCUGCGCAGAUUUUGUAAACUUUUUACACGAUUGCUCUCAUAUAACUUUACAAACUGCACAAGUGUCUUGUCAAACAGAGACCACUGCUAACUUGUUCAGCUCCGAAGGCAUCACAAUGUAUGAUAAGGAAAUUUGAAAAUAAGGCCGAUCUUCAAGUAAUCUAACACUAGACUCACCGUAACCCUCUACCUAGUUUACUGCACUGAAUAGCAACCUAUUAUGCAAUAGGGUGCAUAUCUUCGGAUAAGCUACUGUCGUAUAUUCCGCUCUUGAUUCCUGACCUUUGGAGAGUAAAAGUGUGGCCUUCUUAGCAAAUCAAAUUCUAUCAGUGGGGCACGUAUGAGCCAUAGCAUUUGGAUUGCUGCCUUGAAACGCAUAAAAGAUAUGGACAUGUUCUGCUAUGAUCUAGACGAAUCACUCUAUUGUCUGAAUGAAUUUAUAAAUUUAUUAAUAGUAACUUAUCGAAAUGGUCUAGGAGUCAAAGUUUUGCAAUAGACUGAGUUGAAAUAGAUCGCAAGUUCUAUCCACAUUGUUCCCAUUCACAGCAUGUUCGUCAAUAAUUUUUUUAUUUGCAUAUAAAUAAAACUAAUUAUUACGGAAGGUAGGCCCGAAGAGUAGCUGAAUAACAAGGAUUUGUGUCUAUAUAAUUUUGACACUUUCCCUGCGAGAUCGAUGUGAUCGUCAUUGUCGUACAGUAAUUGUACCAAACUAGCUUCUUGUAUUAUAAUACUUACUAUUAAGUGAUUGAUUGCAUUCGUUAUUAAGUUACUAUAAAAAUGUUAAAUAAGAAUUAAUAAAAGUCGACAAUAGCUAC